UGCCUCCUGACUCUGACCCCUCCCACGCCCUCCAACCAAUCAAAGCUAGUCACGUUCUCGCUCCAGCUGCACUAGAUCUCUUCUGAUCACCGCCCCAAAGACACCAAAAACCGAAAGCUUUAUUCUUUAACCGGUGAUGAAGGUUCCCUACGUGGUUCAAGCUACUGUAUUUCACAGCUCUCAGCUUUCUAUCUCUUUUUUUCUUUUCUUUUCUGUUUCUUAAAAACCCAUUAAAGAAUAAUGAAUUUUCUUGAAAAGGAAGUUGUUUCGAAACUCUUGUUUUUUGAGGCAUCAACAGAGAUUUUCUAGUGCACAGUUUUGGGGUUUUAGAAGGAUUUGAAGGUUCACAUUUUCUUAAGCGUGUAUGACUUGAGGGGAAAGUUAGAAAUGGCGGUUGCAAGCAAAACUAGAAAUAUGCUUGAGGCUUUGGUAAAAGAAGGAUCAUUUAAAUGGUUACUUAGCAAACGAAGCUCCUUUGGAGAGGAAUUUGAAGAGUUGGAGAGGUCUCCGUCUGCUGGAAGGAAUUGGAUACCUGAGCUAUCUCCAGUUGCAAAUAUCGUCGUGCGCAGAUGCUCAAAAAUCCUUGAAACCUCUUCAAGUGAGCUUCAGGAAAGCUUCAAUGCUGAGGCAUCUGAUUCUAUAAAGCAUAAAUCACGGUAUGCAAGGAACUUUUUGGAAUACUGCUGUUUCAGGGCUCUUGCUCUGUCUACUCAAGUAAUGGGUCAUCUGGCUGAUAAAAAAUUUCGACGCCUUACAUUUGACAUGAUGGUGGCCUGGGAGGCCCCAUCAGCUGCCAGCCAAUCACUAAUUAAUUUAGAUGAUGAUCUGUCAGUUGGGGUGGAAGCCUUCUCUCGAAUAGCUCCAGCAGUUCCAAUCAUUGCCAAUGUGAUUAUUUCUGAAAACCUUUUCAACGUACUUACGACCUCAACAGGUGGUAGGCUUCAUUUCUCUGUCUAUGACAAGUACCUAAAUGGACUGGGAAGAGUGAUUAAAAAGAUGAAGAGCCAAUCAGAAUCAUCUCUUCUGUCUUCUGUUCGAUCAUCAAGAGAAGAAAAGAUACUUGAGGUGGAUGGGACAGUCACUACUCAACCGGUUCUUGAACAUGUUGGAAUAUCAACCUGGCCAGGUCGAUUAAUACUGACAGAUCAUGCAUUAUACUUUGAAGCCCUUCUUGUUGUAUCUUAUGACAAACCAAAAAGAUAUGAUUUGUCAGAUGAUCUAAAACAAAUUGUAAAACCUGAGUUGACUGGACCAUGGGGUACUCGACUUUUUGACAAGGCAGUCCUGUACAAAUCAAUUUCCUUAUCAGAACCAGUUGUUAUAGAGUUUCCUGAGCUUAAAGGGCACACUCGGCGUGAUUACUGGCUAGCAAUAAUCCGGGAAAUUUUGUAUGUUCAUAGAUUUAUAAAUAAGUUCAACAUUGCUGGAAUUGAAAAGGAUGACGCACUUUCGAAAGCUGUACUUGGAAUUUUACGUGCGCAAGCCAUUCAGGAAAUUAGUUCCUCAAACUCCAUUCAGUUCGAGUCUCUUCUCAUGUUUAAUCUUUGUGAUCAAUUACCUGGGGGAGAUUUGAUCCUGGAGACUCUUGCAAAUAUGUCAAGUUCAAGGGAACUAGAUCAGGAUAACAAUUCUGUGGCUGGAGGUGGCAUGUACUCAAUCUCAGCCUUGGCAAUGGUUUCAAACUUAGGUUUUGUGUUUGGUUCAAGUUCGAGUAAUCUCAGUGAGGCUGGACUUGUUGUGGGUGAAGUAGCUGUGGGUGAGAUGAGUUUGUUGGAGAGAACAGUUAAGGAAUCCAGAGACAACUAUAAAAAAGUAGUGCGGGCGCAAGAAACAGUUGAUGGGGUUAAAGUAGAUGGCAUUGACACCAAUUUAGCUGUGAUGAAGGAGUUGCUUCUUCCAGUGAUGGAAGUUGGGAAGUGGCUUCUUUCUCUGGUAUAUUGGGAUGAUCCUCUAAAGUCUUUGGUGUUCUGUUUGUUAUUCACGUUUAUCAUUUUCAGGGGAUGGCUGGGUUAUGCGUUUGCAUUGAUGCUCCUCUUUUUUGCAAUCUUUAUGGUUCUUACGCGAUUUUGCAACCAAGGCCGGCCUGCAGAGGAAAUCAAGAUAAUAGCACCUCCACCUAUGAACACAAUGGAGCAGCUUUUGGCUGUUCAGAAUGCAAUAUCUCAAGUUGAACAGCUUAUCCAAGACGGAAACAUUGUUCUCCUCAAGUUCCGUGCCUUGUUGCUGUCCAUUUUCCCACAGGCAAGCGAGAAAUUUGCAGUUACUCUUCUGUUCACAGCCUUGAUUCUGGCCUUGAUGCCUAGUAAGUACAUGGUUCUCCUGAUCUUUUUGGAGACAUUUACUAGGUACUCACCUCCAAGGAAAGCAAGCACGGAAAGAUGGAUGAGGAGAUUGAGAGAGUGGUGGUUCAGCAUCCCAGCAGCCCCAGUGGUCCUUGAAAGAGAAAAGGAAGAUAAGAAGAGAAAGUGAUGAUGUGUUCAUUUUUAACUGUACAGAAUUGUGCAUGUAAAGUAAUGGGAUUUGUAUCACAGAACUCUAGGAAGUGUAGAUCUCAAAAAUGGAAAAGGAAACAACGAUAAGAAAAGAAUAAGAAAAAAAGAAAAAAGUCAUUUGUUUGUCUGGGAAAUCUUGCCUUGGUAGUUCUGAUCUAAUGAUAUAUAUAAUCAUUCAUAAGAUGUUUAAGGCUGUUUCUUUUUCCUUUGCCAUAAUGUAUUGCUUUGCCUUUGAUUA